CUCCCCUCUAGGACUGCUCUCGCUUAAAGUUACCACCAAAGCCUCGGGGCUCCAGUCUCUCUACCUCUGUCAUUUGCCCCUAGCCAAGAGGAGGCAUCUGUGACUGGGUGCCGAUGGGGCGGCUUCCCUGGGGUUUGUCCACCUGCCCAGCUCCGAGGACCAGCUGGCAAGGUCCACUCCAGCACCGCCCAGGGAAGGAGGCCAGAGCCACAAGUGACUUCUAGGAGCUGCUGUGGGCGGGGGCAGGCGCUUCUAGAGGUGGGAGUUCUCCAGCUCGGCUUCCCCUCAGCCGCUUUCAUCUGAACAGGAGAGCUCAAGCUCCUGUCACUUGUUGUUCAGCCUUCCGGUGGCAUCAGAAGGAGUCGUUUCUUGGGGGCAGGCUCCGUGCAACAGGAGUCUCCCGGAGGAUCGUCUUCACCGGGAGCCGGGCAAGCGCGCCGCUGUCCCUCGGUGUGGAGCAUGAAGACCGAGGGGCAGACUCCCCGGAGAUAAGUGGGUCUUCCCGGCUGCAGGGCGGCUGGCCUGGAGCUUAGAGCGGAGGCUUUUGCCAUGGCCCCACACUGGGCUGUCUGGCUGCUGGCAGUGGGGCUGUGGGGCCUGGGCAUUGGGGCUGAGAUGUGGUGGAACCUGGUGCCCCGGAAGACCGUAUCUUCUGGGGAGUUGGCCACAGUAGUACGGCGGUUCUCCCAAUCGGGCACCCAGGACUUCCUGACGUUGACCCUAACUGAGCAGACAGGGCUUCUCUAUGUGGGGGCCCGGGAAGCCCUGUUUGUCUUCAGCGUGGAGGCUCUGGAGCUGCAAGGAGCGAUCUCCUGGGAGGCACCAGCUGAGAAGAAGGCCGAGUGCAUCCAGAAAGGGAAGAGUAACCAGACGGAGUGUUUCAACUUCAUCCGCUUCCUGCAGCCCUACAACACUUCCCACCUGUAUGUCUGCGGCACCUACGCCUUCCAGCCCAAGUGCACCUACAUCGACAUGCUCACCUUCACUUUGGAGCGUGGAGAGUUUGAGGAUGGGAAGGGAAAAUGUCCCUAUGACCCAGCUAAGGGCCACACUGGCCUCCUUGUGGACGGUGAGCUGUAUUCGGCCACGCUCAACAACUUCCUAGGUACAGAGCCCGUUAUCCUGCGUAACAUGGGGCCUCACCACUCCAUGAAGACGGAAUACCUGGCCUUCUGGCUCAACGAACCGCAUUUUGUUGGCUCUGCCUACAUACCGGAGAGUGUGGGCAGCUUCACGGGGGACGAUGACAAGGUCUACUUCUUCUUCAGCGAGCGAGCGGUGGAAUAUGACUGCUACGCCGAACAGGUGGUGGCUCGGGUAGCCCGGGUCUGCAAGGGAGACAUGGGGGGUGCACGGACCCUGCAGAGGAAGUGGACCACGUUCCUGAAGGCGAGGCUGGUGUGCUCUGCCCCCGACUGGCAGCUCUACUUCAACCAACUGCAGGCACUGCACACGCUGCAGGAGGCCUCUUGGCACAACACCACCUUCUUCGGGGUUUUUCGGGCCCGGUGGGGCGAUGUGGACAUGUCAGCAGUCUGCGAGUACCAGCUGGAAGAGAUCCAGAGGGUAUUCGAGGGUCCCUACAAGGAGUACCGUGAGCAAGCCCAGAAGUGGGGCCGCUAUACCGACCCUGUACCCAGCCCGCGGCCAGGCUCGUGCAUCAACAACUGGCACCGGCGCCAUGGCUACACCAGCUCUCUGGAGCUGCCUGAUAACACCCUCAACUUCAUCAAGAAGCACCCACUGAUGGAGGAGCAGGUAGGGCCUCGCUGGAACCGGCCUCUGCUUGUGAAGAAGGACACCAACUUCACUCACCUGGUGGCUGACCGGGUUACGGGGCUUGAUGGAGCCACCUAUACGGUGCUGUUCAUUGGCACAGGAGGCGGCUGGCUACUCAAGGCUGUGAGCCUGGGGUCCUGGGUGCACCUGAUUGAGGAGCUGCAGGUGUUUGACCAGGAGCCUGUGGAAAGCUUGGUUCUAUCCCGGAGCAAGAAGCUGCUCUUUGCAGGCUCCCGCUCUCAGCUGGUUCAGCUGCCCCUGGCCGACUGCGUGAAGUACCGCUCCUGUGCUGACUGUGUCCUCGCUCGGGACCCCUACUGUGCCUGGAGUGUCAACGCCAGCCGCUGUAUAGCCGUGGGUGGCCACUCUGGGUCCUUGCUGAUCCAGCACGUGGCAGUCUCAGACACGUCAGGCAUUUGUAAUCUCCGUGGCAAUAAAAAAGUCAGGCUCAUACCCAAAAACAUCACCGUGGUGGCAGGCACAGACCUGGUGCUGCCCUGCCGCCUCUCCUCCAACUUGGCUCAUGCCCGCUGGACCUUUGGGGGCCGAGACCUGCCUGCAGAACAGCCCGGCUCCUUCCUCUAUGACCCCCGCCUGCAGGCCCUGGUCGUGAUGGCUGCCCAGCCCCGCCAUGCCGGGGCCUAUCACUGCUUUUCGGAGGAGCAGGGGGCGAGGCUGGCCGCUGAAGGCUACCUGGUGGCUGUGGUGGCAGGCCCGUCGGUGACCCUGGAGGCUCGAGCGCCCUUGGAAAACCUGGGGCUGGUGUGGCUGGCCGUGGUGGCCCUGGGAGCCGUGUGCCUGGUCCUGCUGCUGCUUGUUUUGUCACUGCGCCGGCGGCUGCGGGAGGAGCUGGAGAAAGGCGCCAAGGCGGCAGAGAGGACCCUGGUGUACCCGCUGGAGCUGCCCAAGGAGCCCACCAGUCCCCCCUUCAGGCCCGGCCCGGAGACCGAUGAGAAACUCUGGGACCCCGUGGGCUACUACUACUCGGACGGCUCCCUCAAGAUCGUGCCCGGACACGCACGCUGCCAGCCCGGGGGCGCGCCCCCCUCUCCACCUCCCGGCAUCCCCGGCCAGCCCCUGCCUUCGCCCACCCGGCUUCACCUGGGGGGUGGGCGGAACUCAAACGCCAACGGCUACGUGCGCUUACAGCUGGGCGGGGAGGACCGCGGGGGGCUCGGGCACCCUCUGCCGGAGCUGGCCGACGAACUGAGGCGCAAGCUGCAGCAGCGCCAGCCGCUGCCAGACUCCAAUCCUGAGGAGUCCUCAGUAUGAGGGGCCCCCACCUCCUCGCAGGGGCAGCGCGGGAGGCGCGGCCUCUCCUUUUGCACAGGCACCAGCUACCUCAGGGACAUGGCGCGGGCACCGGGCUCGGCCUGGGACGGACCCUGCCCAGCACCUGCCCGGCCAUGGGGACCUGCUCUGCUCAGCACGGGCACUGCCACUUGGUGUGGCUCACCAGGGCACCGGCCUCACGGGAGGCAUCUUCCUCCUCUCUGUGAGGGGCUGUGAAUCACGGACACACGGGACCCCAGCAGCCAAAACUUUUCAAGGCAGAAGUUGGAGAUGUGGGUGUGUGCACACGUGUGUGUGACUUAGUCUUCCUUUUUCUGUGCGUGUGCCUGUGUGUGUGUGUGUGUGUGUGUAUGUGAUAGUCUUCCUUUUUCUGUCAAGUCUUCCCUUGGCCUGGGGUCCUCCUGGUGAGUCAUUGGAGCUAUGAAGGGGAAGGGGUUGUAUCACUUUGCCUCUCCUACCCCCACCUGUCCCCAGUGUGGGUCAGCGAUGUACAUAUGGGGGUGGGCUGGGCAGGGUGCUGUACCCCUUUGGGGGAGUCCAGAGCUCUGGAGUGGGCCUGGUCCUGCUCCUAGGGCUGUGAAUGUUUUCAGGGUUGGGGGGAGGGAGAUGGAUUCUCCUGUGUGUUUGGGGCAAGGGUGGGAGGGGCCUCCCACUUGGCCCGGGGGUUCAGUGGUAUUUUAUACUUGUCCUCCCUUACAGGGCUGGGAAAGGUUGUGUGGGGGGGAGGGGGAGGGAGGAAGAAAGAGGGUGGGCAUGCUGUGGAUAUUGCAUAGCCUCUCCCAGCCCUAGGAGGAGGGCUCCUAACAGUGUAACUUAUUGUGUUCUCGCGUAUUUAUUUGUUGUAAAUAUUUGAGUAUUUUUAUAUUGACGAAUAAAAUCAAGAAAAUGAUA